AUGGAGAGUUAUAAAAAAAGGGAGCUGCACAGGUGCGGGGGUCUCGCUUUCCAUGGUUUUGCCCGGGCAGCGGCGGCGGCGGCGGCGGCGGCAGGGCGGGCAGGCGCGGCGGCGGCGGCGGCAGCAGGACGAGCAGCGGCGGCGGUUAUUGUUGUUGGUGGCGGGGGUAGUGUUGGCGAAGUGGGGGAGAGAGGGGGUUUCUCCUGGAGAAUCGAGGCGGGUUUCCCUCCCCCUAUCUGCAAAGCUCCUGGAAACGAGGGAGCCGGCGUCUUGCUGCAGGGUGGGCCGCGCGCCUGCCCCCCACUCGCUACCGGCUGGGCCCCCGCGGAGGCGCUCCCACCUACUGCAUUACGGGUGGUGCUGAACCGGACAGCUCCCUGCGCCGCCCGCUCCGCGCGCUCCCCGGCUCCCAGGGCCGCCCGCCAGGAGGGGGGCGCGGGCCAGAGUCCUCCCUCCCCGGGGCAGCAAGGCCAGCGCAGAGCGGGGGCCGCCUUUCCUCUUUUUACCCCUCUCCCAAAUCCUAAAAUGAGCGCUCUCCUGGGCUCCCGGAGCUUAGAGGAAGGCGUAGCUAGAGAUAGCUCUCUCCCUCUCCCUCCCUCUCUCUCUCUCUCUCUCUCUCUCUCUCUCUCUCUCUCUCUCUCUCUCUCUCUCUCUCUCUCUCUCUCUCUCUCUCUCUCUCUCUCUCUCUCUCUCUCUCCCCCUCUUCCCUCCCCCCUUGGUGUUUCUUCCAGCUCAGCCUCCUUCUCAUUCCAUCUCUACGUGCCCAGAGCUUCAAAUACAACCCUCCCAUCACAGUCAGACGGGCACAAAACUUCAACCAGCCGUUUCUCUGCCUGGAAGCGGCGAACAUGUAACCUGGACGGACUGGAGUGCAGCGGCGAGGUCAUGGCUCACUGCAGCCUCAACCUUCUAGUGUCAAGUGGAUCCUCCCUUCUCAACCUACCAACUAGCUGGAACUACAGGCACAUGCCACCACGCUCGGCUCAUUUUUAAUUUUUUUUUUUUUUUUUUUUUGUAGAGACAGAGUUUUGCCAUGUUGCCCAGGCUGGUCUCAAACUCCUGGGCUCAGGCUAUCCUCCCACUUCGGCCUCUUGAACUGCUGGGAUUAUAGGCAUGAGCCACCCCGCUCAAACCAAAGUUCUUUUAAUAAAGGAAUUCCGCAGUGCAGGGAGGCUGGAUGGGGACACAUACCAUGAGUGACAUCUUACCAGAGGGUGGCCAUGAACUUCAUCAUGUUCCACAACUGUUAAUGACCACUGGUGCUGGCCCUGCUGCUCUCUGAACUCCUCUCUAUGGAACUGUGCCCCUUCUCUGGGAAGAGUCCUUGAAGCUCUACUGAGAAUGAAACCUCAUGAGUUCUUUCAGCUCAUGUCAAUCUUGAAUCUGGCUCUGUUGCCCAUGCUGGAGUGCAGUGGUGUGAUCUCGGCUCACUACAACCUCCAUCUCCAGGAUUCAAGCAAUUCUCCUGCCUCUCAGCCUCCUGAGUAGCUGGGAUUACAGAGGCAGUGACUGGAGGGCUGGCAUUUGGUUUAAACGAUCGUAACCACCACCAUCAUGGCAGGGGAGCAGGACAGAGCAAGUGUGGCAGGAUCUUGGAAGUUCCGAAUCUGGCUGUCAGGGCAGAAGAGUGAACGGGCAUCGGAUACAUAAACAUCAUACGAUCCACAGAGGGCUGGCCAGCCCGAGUUCUUAAUCCUGGCUCCAUCACUGACAAUUUGCAACCCGGAGAAGUCACUCUCUCUGUGUUUUCUGUCUCUAAAGUAAAUAAAGGA